GCUCUCGGUACAUGGGUUUCUGCCGGGGCCGGAACUGUCAAGCAAGGAUCAGUUUCUUCGGGUCCGUCGCAAAUUCGCCCAGAUCGUCUAGUUGGUUAGGAUGAUACGUUGUGGUUCUUCUAUACAGCGAUCCGUGUUGACGGCGGUUCGAAUCCGCCUCUGGGCAAAUUUUCUUUUGCCUUUUGCGUGAAACGAUGCUGCGGAGCCGUCGUGAUUAAGUUGGACCACAAUCGUCGGGUUUUUCUUGUGCGCUUGUUCGCCCCGAUCUGGUGUAUAUUCGCCCGAAUGUCUGUUGCCGGCCCUCGAUUCGUCAAUCGAAAGCCGCAUGAAAGGACCCGUUCCGGCGACAGCCUCACUCGUCAGCUCGCACAUUCGGCCAGAAACGAUCAUGGGCAUCUUCAUCUAUCCCUGUCGUUUGCCCUUGAGCCGAAUCAGCCGGGCAUGGAGGAAGAAUCAAGAUGAGAAAGCAAAGCCACACGUUGUGAUGCACUCUUUCGACACCGGUUCCCAAUUCGAGUACGUUCAUAGGGUGGUCAGGUUCAAGUAUUGCCAGUCACCUGCGUGCGAGAUAGAUACAUCCCGUGAGCCAUCUCCAAACCAUAUGAAAAACACACACCACCUUUUUCGUCACCGCGCUCUCCCCCAUCAAGCUGAUACACAGUCGGCAACUAGUGGGGAAAUUCUACAAGAUCCCGUACCGGGGACACAUUUUGACAGAACGCGUCAGUCGCGCAGUUUCUGUAGUCUCUUGAUAUACACAACAGCCCUGAGUACUGGUCGUCUCAUGGCAAGUUCAUCUGCUCAUCUUAUAAAUGCCAUAUCCUCUCUACUCCAUCACCUGCGAGGCAAGCUCUGAUCGACGGAGUGCAUAUAGCCCAUUACCCGCACACAAGCGCCGCGCCGUGCUGUCCAAACGACUCAGCA